AUGAGUGAUCAAAUGGUUAAAUUCAAAGAAGCAUUCUCAUUGUUUGACAAAGAUGGUGACGGUACCAUAACCACGAAAGAGUUGGGCACUGUGAUGAGAUCAUUGGGUCAAAAUCCCACGGAAGCGGAAUUACAGGAUAUGAUCAAUGAAGUUGAUGCUGAUGGAAAUGGCACCAUUGAUUUCCCCGAGUUCCUAACAAUGAUGGCAAGGAAGAUGAAGGAUACCGAUAGCGAAGAGGAAAUCCGCGAAGCAUUCAGGGUGUUUGACAAGGACGGUAAUGGCUUCAUCUCUGCUGCUGAAUUGCGCCACGUUAUGACAAACCUUGGUGAGAAACUUACCGAUGAAGAGGUCGACGAAAUGAUUCGUGAGGCUGAUAUCGAUGGUGAUGGACAAGUCAAUUACGAAGGUAAGGCUUAG